AUGGACGCGGACGGCUUGGCGGAGCAGUUUGAGGAUAAGGCCUCUGUGCGGGCCGGCGGCGGGGGCAGGGGCAGAGGCAGUGGCGGACGCAAGGGGGCUGGCGGGGGAAAGGCCGGCGACGGAGGGAAGCAGAGGGAGAAGCAGAUAUCGAUGGCGCUGUCGAGGCUGCUGCGGCACCAGGCCCUCAACGCGGGCAUCAAGCUGGACAAGGAGGGCUAUGCGCCUCUGGAUCGGGUGCUCCAAUGGGGCGCCCUGCGCACCCUCAACGUAACGGUGCAGGAGGUCAUCCAGGUGUGCGCCGACAACGAAAAGCAGCGCUUCGCCAUGAAGCCGGCGGCCGGCGGCGAGGGCGCCGCCACAGAUGGGUCGACCGACCCGUCGCACUGGCUCAUCCGCGCCAACCAGGGCCACAGCAUCAAGCUCGAGUCCGAGGCCCUCCUGCGGCCCAUCACCCUCGAGGCCGACAACGUGCCCCCCGUCGUCGUGCACGGCACCUACUUUGCCUUCUGGCCGCGGAUCGUCGAGUCCGGGGGGCUGCGGCGCAUGGGCCGCACACACGUGCACUGCUCUACUGGCCUCCCCGACGACGAGCAAGGCGUGGUAUCGGGGAUGCGGCGGGACGCGGAGGUCCUGGUUUACGUCGACGUGAGGCGGAGCCUUGAGGAUGGGGUUCUCACGUGGUGGGUCAGUGAUAACGGUGUUGUUCUUACUGAGGGCGUUGGGGAGGAGGGGGUGGUGCCUGCAAAGUACUUCAAGGAGGUUGUGGGCCGCAAGGAGGAUGCCGGGACACUGUGGAAGGACGGCGAGUGGGUUGCGGACCUGCCUGAGGACUUGAAGAGCCGGCCACCGCCUGCCAAGGGAGGCAGGGGAAGGGGAGGUGGGCGAGGUGGGCGAGGUGGGAAGGGCGGUGGAAGAGGCCGAGGGAAGGGUGCGUCAAACGCGCCGUGA